GGGAGGAUGGGGAACCGGACGAGCUAGCAGCAGCACAGGAGGAAGAAGAUGUUGAUGGAGAACAUGAGAUCGAUGAGGACUUUGUGGCUACCGAUGGAAGGAUUGUUACCGCUGUGCAAUCUGCUAGAGCUCUAAGAAAAGAGGAGAGAGAAUCGGCAAAGAAGCGGCUAUCACUUAUGACGCCGGCAAAGGAGACUAUGGCUACCUUGGCAGGGCUAGAGGAUCCCUUCGCUUCCGGGGGACCAAAACGUACCCGUACAGAGAUCGUUAGUGAAAAUAUGGCAGUCCCGGACCCAGCUGCAGACGCUAUCGCAGAUGCAGACUUGGAACAAUUCCCGGCGGAGUCGAUCCAACGAUUGAAAAAGAGAGUUAUGCCGAAACUGAUGGGAAGAAAGCGAAGUAAACUUGUUGGUGUUUCGGAUGAGGAAGGGUAUGUAUACAAAACUCGGUAUCAUUUUUAUCUACGAGCGGUGCUAACUUCCCAAUGGACAUGUCCGCCAUUUACUUAAGCAAACUGUCGCGGCAGGUGAAGGUAACUCGAUGUUGAUAAUUGGGGCGCGAGGCACCGGAAAGACUACUCUUCUGGAAAGUGCUAUCUCGGAUCUCACAGAGGAGCACAAAGGAGAAUUCCUUACAGUCCGCCUGAAUGGCUUUUUUCAGACGGAUGACAAAAUUGCCCUGCGAGAAAUAUGGCGCCAAUUGGGUGUUGAAAUGGAGCUGGAUGAAAGAGAUCAACCAAAGACUACCAAUUUUGCAGAUACGCUUUCCUCUAUCCUGGCUAUCCUUUCCCACCCAGAUGAACUCAGAGCACCGGAUGGGGAAGGGGAGGAGCUAGCGGAAGAGGAUCCAUCAAGUACUACUACAACUUUGUCUGUUAUCUUUAUCCUAGAGGAGUUUGAUCUCUUCGCGACUCAUCCCCGCCAAACGCUUCUAUAUAAUCUCUUUGAUAUUGCACAAUCCCGCAAGGCGCCCAUUGCUGCUAUUGGCACAACAACACGCAUCGACGUUGUCGAGUCUUUAGAGAAACGAGUUAAGAGUCGUUUUAGUCAUCGUACCGUCCAUCUCAAGAAUCCUCCCACUUUAAAGGGUUUUUGGGAAAUAUGCAAAGGAGGAUUAAGCGUAGAUAUGGACGAGGUUGACGCGGAAAUAAAUGGUUCAUCAGACGAAGAUCGGCGUUGUUUUGAGGCUUGGAAUACUCAUAUAGAAAAUCUCUAUAAAAGUGAUAAACAAUUCCAACGGCACUUGAGGCGCAUCUACGCCCAGAAUAAGGACCCCAAAUCGUUCUUUAAUAGUUGCAUUCUUCCGUUAUCGGAUUCGGUUACAUCGUUCCCCAUGGGCCCCUCCUUCUCAUUAUCUGCCAAUCAACUCGACGAACCAGACAGCAUCUUGUCAAUCCUUGACGGCCUCACUGAUUUAGAACUAACCCUUCUCAUCGCAGCUGCCCGCCUUGAUAUCAUUUCCGACACGGAUACGUGUAACUUCCAGAUGGCGUAUUCAGAGUACACUGCGCUUACGUCACCCCUAAAGGUAGCCAGUUCUGCGGCCGGUGUUACGGCAGGUCGUUUAUGGAGCAAAGAGGUCGCCCUAGGGGCAUGGGAGCGGCUGGCAGAAUACGAACUUCUAGUACCCGCAGUUAUAGGUGGUGGCUCCGGGGGUGGCGUCAGCAGAGAGGGAAGAAUGUGGAGGGUUGAAGUAGGUCUCGCGGAGAUUGGGAAGUGUCUCGAGAUGGGGCGGGCUGGGAUCGGACGUGCAGGGCUAGGCAAGUGGUGUAAGGAGGUGUAGGUUGGCUAUCGGGUGUUCGUCUCUUUUUUCUUUCAAAAUGGAGGGGAGGGUUUACUGGCAUACCGUAGAUUGUUUAUUCUGAUUGUUUUUCUUUUCGUUUUAUACCGAUUUGUAUGCAUGAUGGAGAGUAGCAAUGCCACCUUUUCCUUCUCUGUAGUUUCCAUGGUGUUGCUUAAUAAUAUUAUCCAUCCAGCUUGCAUGAGA